CCGUUUUCCGCUUUUUCAUCGAGCUUGUGUUUAUCUAGAGAGCGUAGAAAGCUGUAGCCUAAACGUCUCUCCACCCCUUUUUAUUCUGUCGAAGGUAGUCUAGUCCAGUGAGCAUUCUGAACGCCGUUUAUUAGCCUAUGCGCAUUAUAUCUCUGUUAGGAGGACUUAAAACAUGCAUGCGCUUCUUCUUGUCGUUUACCACAAUGGAUUUUAAAUCUGAGCUUCUGAAGUCAAUUUGGUACGCGUUCACCUCUCUAGACGCCGAGCGCUGCGGAAAAGUUUCAAAGUCUCAGCUCAAGGUCCUCUCUCACAAUCUCUACACUGUCCUGAACAUCCCGCACGACCCUGCGAUCCUUGAGGAGCAUUUCCAGGACGAUGACCACGGCCCUGUGUCCAACCAUGGCUACAUGCCUUACCUCAACACCUACAUCCUGGCAAAGGCCAAGGAGGGGACCUUCAACAAGGAGAUGUUUGACGAGCUGUGCUGGAUGAUGACAUCGAAGAAGAACUACAAGCCCACCGUGGAGAACGGCCUGUGCUCGGGGAAGAAUUGCUUCAAGCUGUUCUGCCUGUUCAACCUGCUGUCAGAAGACCGCUACCCACUCGUCAUGAUCCCGCAAGAGGUGGAGUAUCUGCUGAAGAAAAUCUCCACAGCAAUGAACGUGGAAUGGGAUGGUGACCUCUUGGAGGACCUGCUGUCCCAGGAGGCCUCAGUACAGGAUGGCAUUUCGGUGUGGGACUUCCUGGAGUUCGUGGACACGGGGCGUUUCAUGAGGAUAAACUGCAGGGAGGCCUUUAGUCUGGCUCUGGACGAGGUCUUCAUGGAGAUGUACCACAAUGUCCUCAAGAAGGGUUACAUGCUGAAGAAGGGGCAUGUGCGUAAGAACUGGCAGGAGCGCUGGUUCGUGCUGAAGCCUGGCCUGAUGUUGUACUACGUGGGGGAGAACCUGCGGGAGAAGAAGGGGGAGAUCACACUAGACCAGAACUGUGUGGUGGAGACCCUUCCUGAUAGAGAGGGGAAACGCUGCUUGUUUUGUAUCAAAACUCCAGGAAGAACAUUUGAGAUGAGUGCCUCAGACCAGAAACAGAGGGUAGAGUGGAUCCAAGCGACCCAGACUGCUCUGCGGCUUACGCAGGAGGGCAAGGUCUCGCUGCACGGGGAGCUGAAGCUGCGCCGGCGGGACCAGAGGGAGAGCAGCAGCAGCAGGCACAGCAGCCAGACGGAGGAGCCCGUCAACCAGGAGCAGAGCCAGGACCUCCAGAACGAGAUCGACAGCAUCAUCCAGCACCAGAAGGAGCUGGACAAACAGCGGAGAGAGAAGGAGCAGAAGGAGAAAGAGCAACAGCUGGAGCUUCAAAGAGAGCUGGAGCGAGAGCUGGAAGAGGUUAAGAAGGAAAAACAAUGUCUGGUGGCCCAAAUGUGCCAAAUGGAGCAGGAUGCAAAGCAGCAGCAGGAGAGGAUUGAGGAGCUGCUUCUGACUCAGAAGAUGCUUGAGAAAGCUCUCAAUGACCAAGUGGAGGCUUGCCUAGAGGAGGAGACCAAACGCAAAGAGCUGGAAAGGCAGCUAAGUGAGGAACAGCAGAAAGCUGAGCAGUUACGGAGAGGUCAGGAGAGCACAGAGAGAAGCACGCCCAAAGUAAAGGAGGCCGAGGAGGUCAAGAAUGACCACGAGGAGCAGGAGUCUGCAGAGAAGGAGGAGGAGAAGAAUGCCUCACUGACCUCUUCCACUAUCUCCAGCCUGACUCCACCUAAGAGCUGGUCUCCACCCCCCCUAGAGAAACCCAAAUCACCGGAUGCUCAGCGAAACCAGAAGCAGUGGAAUGUCCACUUGACUCGUCUCAUGACACCUAUCACACCCGGAGAUCGGUCAGAGCACCGGCGUCCUUCCCCAAUCCUCAGCUGCCCCAUACAGGGUGAGGCUCUCACCAGCAAUGAGUUCAUCACCAAGUUCCAAGCAACACUCAAAAAAGAGAAAAUAGUGGAGGACGAGGAUGACUACUAGACACCGGCUGUGAACUACUAAGAUCCCAGAGUUUCAGCCAAUGGACCAGAUCAAAGAGAGUGACCAUUAUAGAUGAAGCCAUGCAACCACUAGCCACAAUCAGUUGCUCGAGAUAGCAUUAUGUUCCCGUUACCAUGCUAUAAGAGGAAGCCAGGCUCGAACUUUCAGAGAGAUUGGUGAAGAGUUUCGGGUAUCAAGAUUGCAGAUACACCUUUCCAACCUUGUUCUGUUUUUUGACUGAAACACAUUGUGAAAGUGCCACUGAUUGCCUCAUCCUGAUCUGCUAUCUGCUUAGAAAACAGUUACAUUCGAUUGCUGAAUUGCUAGACUGGAUAUAGGCCUGAAAAGUAGCUCUUUAAAGACAUAAAUGUUUAUGGUCAGUGUCCAGAUUCAGCAACAGUAUCAACACUAAUUGUUGUUGCAUGUCAUUAAGGGACAGAUUGGCCUUGCGUCAGUCAACUGUUUUACAUUUUUUGUAUUGUUGUAAAUCUCUUUACUUUUAUCUGAGUGCAUUUGCAUAUAAUGUCCAUACUCAAUUGAGUAUUAGAAUAGUAAAAUUGUGUGUGGUAAAAUAUGAGGAAAUACGUUGUGGUACAUGUAUGAGGAAAUAGCAUUUGUAGCCUAGGACUGCUGAAUAAAAUUAAAUUAAUAAAGUAACUGGUAACACUUUG